AUGGGCGCCUUCGGGACAUUAGCAUGUGCUUCCGCUACGGUCCUCACAAUCGGAUCCUUGGCAACGAUGUGCCUUAUCGUUUCCGACAUCAAUGGGCUUUACAACGACGUGAUGGAAGAGUCCCGAACAACUCGUGAGGUUGCUGAUGACGCCUGGGAGGAGCUGCUCCGCAAGAACGGAGCCCCUGAAGCUUCCCGUGCCGCUGUGACCGCCAUGCUAUUCGGAAGAAAUAAGAGAAACGCUCAGUGUAACUGUGGAGCCAAGAGCAAGGGAUGCCCAGCAGGACCACCUGGACCACGUGGACCAAAUGGUGCUCCAGGACUUGACGGACCAGAUGGGCUUGAUGGACCUGAUGGACAUCCUGGAUAUGCUGCGGCAAUCAAGGAGAAUUUUGGAGGAGCUUGCAUCUCUUGCCCAGCAGGACCAGCUGGACCACCAGGGCCAGAUGGUUGUGCAGGAGAGCCGGGAACCGAUGGCGCCCCAGGAGAAGACGGACAGAAUGGAGCACCAGGAUCCCCAGGAGGACCAGGAGAGACCGGACCACAAGGACAUCAAGGAAAGCCUGGAAGAGCCGGACCACGAGGACCACCGGGAGCCAAGGGACAAACCUACCUUCCAGGAUCAGCAGGACAUCCAGGAAACAGUGGACGUCGUGGACCACCUGGACCACCGGGAGCCAAUGGAAAGAACGGAAAGCAGGGAGCCGAUGGAAUUCCAGGCGCCGGAGGAGCACCAGGACAACACGGAGUUCCUGGAGUCGAUGGAUCCGAUGGAGCACCGGGAGAGGAUGCCGCGCCAGGUGGAGACGCUGCCUACUGUCCAUGCCCAACGAGAUCGGUGGCUGUCGAGGCAGCGCCAUCGCAGGCAGAGCAGAUCUACAAGACUCAUUAG